AUUUUUAAAUGAUGUGUGAGGAGAAGUUGCUCUCUGCUCUUCCACUCGCUUAGGCCUCCUCUUCACUCUUCGCUCUUCGCCAUGGUAGCAUAUACACACAUAUAUAUCUCUAUCCUGCACUGAAUACCUCAUUUACUCUCUCUAUCCUUCUUCCUCUUUCCUCUAGUUCCGCGUGACUCCCGAAGACUCCUCACGACUCGUACUUCCUCUCGGUUCCUCCUCUACUCGACGCUCACCCUGGACGACCUGGUCGGUAGGUACCAACCUACUCCCGCCGAUUGUGCUGGCAGCGAUGGGAGCUUGUACGGCGCGUGCCCCCUCGCGGAGUCUAUAUAAGCUGGGCCCACUCGGGGGCCUCAACAUUUUUUGAGUGAAGCGCAGGGGACCAAAGUGCUUGAUACGUAAAGAUGGUGCGCGACAGAUGAACCGAGGUAACAACUGACAGAUCUUCUCAAGGAAGACAUCAUUUACUGAGUGUGGUGUAUUCAUUUAUAUCGGACUGUACAGUGAUUUGGAUUUCAUUGAUUUACUUAGUGUAGUGUGGAUUCGAGAUAAGCAAGUGCCAUGGCUAAGUUUAAGAUGGCAGUCGCGCUUCUCUGUGUUCUACUAGUCGGUCAGGAUGUCUUGGCGGUGGUGAACAAGGCGUCCUCUAACGUCCAGUCAGGAUCAGGACAACAUGAUGAACUUGGAGAAAAUGUAAAGGAUGGUGAUGCUGGUGAUCGUAUAAGCAACUCGUAUGGACCACCUUCUUUGACGCAAGAAUAUGGUCCACCGUUUGGUGGAAGUUUUAACGGUCCUGCACCUGCCUAUGGACCACCUGAACUAACAGGCGAUCUGCGACCGACCCCGAUAUAUGAGCCACCACCUCCCGAACUACCACCAGCCCCUCCAAUACAAGGCAACCCUGCAGCUAUCUAUGGGCCGCCACCUCGCAAACCAAAACCACAUUACGGACCGCCGCCAAAGCAAAGUUACGGCCCACCAAAGCUCAGCUAUGGUCCACCAAAACCUCAUUAUGGACCUCCUAAGCAACAGUAUGGACCACCACCUUCGUUCAGACCGCCGAGACCGCCAUCAACACAGUACGGACCACCUCCAAGCUUUGGUCCACCUCCUUCUUCACAGUAUGGACCACCUCCUAGAUUCGGACCGUCCAAACCAGGUCAUGGACCGCCAAUUCCGAUAACUGUCGAGGCCUAUGGUCCACCGAAUAUAGCAGCAGCUCUUCCUUUUGGUCCUUCGGGACCUCAGGAUGAGUAUGGUCCACCACCGUCAGCUGCACAGCCGCCAAGGUUCUCCUCGCCACCUGGGGAUUCUUAUGGACCACCUCAUCCACCGCCACCGCCCCCGGGUGUACCAGCACCUCCUACACCACCUGAUAUAAAGUACGACGGAUGGCAACCUAUUGCCGGUUUGGUUGGAGCUCCUGAUCAGCAGUAUGGACCACCGUCAGAUAGUUAUGGUCCUCCCGCGGACGAUGCGCGUAUUCUCUCCCACGGUGGAUCCUCUUCUUCGUCUUCCUCUAGUUUUGUGUCUUCAAGCUCCCACUUGAGCUCAUCGCACUCCAGUUCCGGAUCGAACAAUCUUCAAUAUUCUUCGUCGAAUAUACCAAGUGACUCCUAUGGAGAACCUAUUCAUAGUUCCGAAGCUCAAGAUCUCAAGACCUCUGUUCACCAAUCAUCCGCAUCCUCCGAAAGCAACGGCCUGCCGCCUCCACCACUGCCGCAUUACGAGAACUCUCAGGAUCAGUAUACUCCAUCGAAUGCAGGACUCGGAUCAAUACCAAGUGAUCAGUAUGGACCACCUUCAUCGGGAUCUAUUCAUCAGAACAAUGUACAGGAUCAACUUUUGCCGCAGUACGGUGCACCUAACGGUGGAGCACUUUCCAUCGUAAAGACUGUAGGCUUCAAGCUUGUACCCAAUUCAGGAUCUUUAAGCUCCGAUCUUCACGGACUUUCCAUCUCAGACAGUAGCAGCUCCUCCUUUGGAGGCUCCUCACAUUCCUUCCACUCCAAUGCCGGCAUAGCUUUACCUUUGACCGAGCAACCUCUUCAGACUUAUGGAGCACCCGUAUCAGGUUCCUUCUCUGGUUCCUCUUCUUUCGGAGGCGGUUUUGGAAGUUAUGCGCCUGCCUUUACUAAUUUUGGAGAUCCUUCUCUGCCCUUACCGCCACCUCCACCACCUAUCGAUUCUUAUGGUGCGCCACCUCCAUCCUCCUACUCAAAGAAUGGACCUUAUCCACCUUCUCAGGGCAUUCGUGGUGGAACCUCACACUCCUUCAGCAAUGCCUUCGGCAAUUCUUUUUCCAAUUCAUUCAGUAGUUCGCACCAAAAGCAUGGACAUCAUCAUCACAGGCAUCAUUCCCUGAAGCAUGGUCCACCUCCAUCUCUAACGGCAUCUUUGAUUCCUCCUAGAACUCGUCCACCUAUAAAGUUCCGGGAACCCAUCCCGCCAACGUUAUUCACCUCCUUGCAUCGUUUCGUACCUCCACAUCCUCAGGUCGAGUUUAAAAAACCGCUACCGCCACCACCGAAGAAUUUCGGUCCACCUCUGGUUCUCGAUCAACAAUUACCAACACUGGGUGCACCGAUAGCUUUCCAAUCAAGCGGAAGCGCUGGAUCUUUUGCAAAUUCAUUCGAUUCCAGCAAUUCCUUCGGCAAUGGCGCCUCAUUAAGUUGGAACUCUGCCUUGGCUGCUCCUAACGUGAACUAUGGGACGCCGUUGUCUUUUACCGACUUCAAUACACCAGCACCGGUUAUCACUUAUGGUGCACCGAAUUUUGGACCGGCCUCUUCCUUCAUCUCUACCUCUUCCGGUUUCGGAGGAAACUUGUACAAUAACAUUGGAAACAGCCUUUCCACAUAUGGUUCACCUGCACCACCUUCUGGCUUAUCUUUAGGACCUAUUCACGAUUGUGGUUUUCAGAAGUCCAGUGAUGCUUUCAGUAUCAAGGAUCUGGGAAAUCAUGUGCAUGUUGAGAGUUCCGGUUCCAACGAUUACUCACAGUCAAGUUCACUCUCUUCCAGUGUCUCUAAUAAUCUUGUGGGAUCGCUGAAUGUUGAUAGUCUCAGUUCAUCGUUGAGUCCGGCACUGAAUAUUCCAGCCCUUAAUCCUCAGUCAGCUAUAAAUUUACAGUCAAAUUCAUUGGCAGCUGCAUAUGCGCCGCCAUCCGUGAACGAGCUCGAUCUCCAGAGUCAUGAACAGCAGAAGAAUGAUCUGAAGGACAGUUAUGGAAAUCCAAUAGGAGUAAGUUAUGGACUAUCGGAUCAGACUGGAGCAGCAGCAGCAGCCUUAACAACGAACCAUAUUCAAACGUCUUCCGACUACUCAAACAUUCUCUCUGCAUCGUCUGGUCAAUCACUGAACUCUUACGAUUUCGGAGGCAGUCUCCUCAGCGACGGAAAUGGCCAGGUGUCAGCGGAAGCUCUAACCGCUGCGCUGACGGCGCAAGGGUUAGGUCAGGCCAAAAAUUUGGGAACGGAACAAGUUGACGGGAAUCAAUUCUUAAAAACGUACGAGGGCAGCGAAGCUUUGGCACUUGCUCAGGGUCUGACGGCAUCCGGUUCGGAUGAUUUCCAAAUCCAAGGCUCCAGAGGGACGUACUCUCUUCAGAUCCAGCCAGCCGACGGUGGUUUAGGAACAUCGAAUUCCGACGGAAAUAUCAGCCACGAACAGGUUCUAUCUAACGGCCUCCUUCAGGAUAUCCUUGCAGCCAUAGAACAGCCAGAGAAUGGGCAAAUUCAACUUCAGGGUCCGCCACAGGCUCAGCCUCUGGAGGAGGUCUACGGCGACUUGUCGAGAUCAGCGACUAGUGACCUACUUCAGGCCAACGACCAAUUUAUAACUAUUCAAAGAAGUACAGAGCAUCACGCCGUGAAGCCGGUCGAAGAAGCUGCGGACAGAGACGGAAAAGAGUCACAGGAGGAAUCCAAAUCGUCCAACGACGAGGUAGCAGUUUUCUUCAAGGACAAUUACAAAAAGGCAACAAAGAAGGAAACCAGAUCCUUGGAGAAUAAAAGCGAAGCGCAACCCAUCCAAAGUUCGGCAUCUUCGACAGAAGCUUCGCCGAUGUUAAGCGCUUCCGCUGCUAUCGAAUCCUCUUGAGGUACCGGAAGUUUCAUCAGCCCAAAGAGAUCCUUCAUGGAGAUUUCGGUCCAUUGGUUUCCAAUUACCACUCGGACCCAAGACGAUUGUAAAAGCCAUGAAGAUUCUCAUAUUCUCAUACGCUCAUUCGAAGCGUGAAAUUAUGAAUCCUAGAUCGUGAUCGUAGAUCCCUUCCUUAUGAUCGACUAGGAUCAUUCGUGUUCGACCUUUGGUAUUGCGAUUCUGAAAGGGAUCGAUCUUGACCUCGAUCAUCGAAUUUACCUAAUUUCACCGAUAUUCGCUGCGCCGAUCGUGAAAAAUCGGCGACCGCGAUUAAUACUCAUUUAGGUCAUUAGGUUACGCGCUCUCGCAGUCCACGUGUAUCUAAAUCAUUGUAUACUGAUUUCUCGUGCGACACUCUAGAUAUACUAUCGAAAUAAGAUGCUCAGUUUAGUAAUAGGAUAAUGUCAGGCUCAUUACGAAUAUCUGUCAGUGAGAUGAACAUAGAGAUUAUUCAUCUAUUGAAAUCAAUGAUACAAGCGAAUGAGGUACGAUCGGUCUGUCAUUGUCAAUACUGACAACUUACAGUCAUUAUUACGAGUGACGCAAAGAGACUUUAGGUCUUCCAAUUUGACUGAGGUCAAAGUUGACAAAUGUUCUUUCGGCUCUUGAUUAAAAAUUCCUCAGAAACGGUGCUACGAGAGUCUGCUUCAUCUUCGUGUUUCUUAUUUACGUAAUGACGCUGCUCAUCCUACAUUUCAAAGGUAAAAGCGAAGAGAAGCAUCGUUACGAGCUCACAGGCCAUACAUAUCCAUUCUCAAUAUUUUAUUGCUACUUUUUUUUUAUAUUAAUUCAUUAAUUUAUUGUUUUAUUUUCGAGAGGACGACGUUCUUCGUAUCUAAGGAAAAGAUCGAUACGCAAAUUAAUAAAAGUGAUGUCUCCUUAGAUACGACGCACUUUCGAUACGUGUUUACUGAACCAGUGUACACGUGUAAAUAAAUGUAUACUUUUUAAGUAAA